UGCAACAUUUUUGCACGUUUCCCUCGACAGGAGUUGAGAGUUUGAUACAGCCACCGAAUGUAUGACAACGAUCGGACAGUGGCAUGGGCGUUACUACGACGAGUAGAGCUCCGCUGGAUUCCAGGAAAAGGCUAACGACCUCUGUUUUCAGUGGCAUGGAAGUUUUGGGCAAAGUAUUAUUUGCGCAGUCGGCAAUCCUUAAACGGUCUCAUGUCUAAUUUUCCAGUCGACUACGGACAGCUGUCAGUCAGAGGCGCACAUUGCACAAACUUCCAAUGGUCAUCUAACAACUGUGUGUGCAAGUGAUCAAGACAAUCGUAAGUUGUCCCAUCACAUCAGUGUUUCCCUGUCAUGGAUUGCGAUAUGGGUGUGAGGAGCGCGUGAUAAGGACACGCGUGUCCUGGGCGCAGUGACGCGCCUCACGUCUUGACGAGAUGUCAAGAGUAGGUGCACAUCGAAAUUCCAAUGUGCAGGUUGGGAACCGAGUGGACAGUGUCAGAAAACUUCGCACCAUCCACGAACUGUCUGCGGAUCAAACCUCUGACCAUGACUUGGAUUUAAACAAGGACACUUCAGGUGCCAUGGAGCAAAAGCCACCCCGAGGGAGCAUGAAGCGCCAGCGCUCCACAUCUGAAGACAGCACUCCGACAGUGCUGGCUCUGCAGCUGGCCAUGGUGCAGGGCCCCGACCGGCUUCCUGACGGGGAGGGGGCGCAGGAUGUGCUGCGGGGGAAGCUGCGCCUGCUGGAGGCCGACCCCCACAAGGUCACCGCCCUGCUCUCCGAGCUCUCUGCCCAUCUGCUAACCAUAAACAGUGAAGAGAAUACAAUACAUGUCACCUUCAAAACAUUUGAGGAAAUCUGGAAGUUCAACACAUACUACAAAAUGGGGUUCCUGGGCCAGUGCAUGGAGAAUCUGCUGCUGGACCAGAACUUCUGGCUGAACUCACUAGACCAAGAGGAUGCUGGGAUUGAAAUCUCCAUCACCGAGGAGACCAUCAACCUCAUGUACAGAGCCAUCCUCAUGCAGGAAGGAUCUUUCUACGCAACCUGCACCUCCAACCAAAUGUUCGACAGCUCCACGUCAGGAAGUGACCUCUACUUGGAGAAAGGUGACAUCGCCCUGUUUGAGCCGCCCUUCUUGGGCUCGGGGUGGACAGUGUUGUCAUUGGCCGACGGGUCUCGAGGAACCAAACCCAAACCUGCUCUGGAGCCAGUUAUUCCCUUCUAUGAAUGGUUCCUGAAGUCAUGUCCUGAAGGCACCAUAGUUGGCACUGGAAAAGAGGCACACAGUUUUCCUCUUCAGUUUGCCACAGGCAGUUGUGUGGCCACCGAGGACUAUGAUGCCAACAUAGCUGACGAGCUGAGCUUCGAGGCCGGGGAUGGCAUCGCGGUGGUGGGACUGCUGGUGUCCUGUUUCCAGUGGUUCCUGGGUAGGAGGGAGGGCAGCGGAGACGUCGGCUUGGUGCAGACACACCUGGUCAAGCCCACAGAUACUCUUUGUGAGUCGACAGACAUCUUCCUAGCCACAGAAGACAGACUGUUCCUGAAACUGGAACAGGAGAAAAUAAAGGAGGAGACUAUUAGCAUGCUGAAAAGAACAACCAAGAGUGAUGUCGGCACUGUAUACCAACUAGACUUGAUCAAUGAUUCGCCUGCCUGUUCUAAUGAAAAACACAAAGACACAAAUAUCAAGACAGAGGUGGAACUAAAGAGUAAACUUGUGGAUUACUUGCACAAUCUGACCACGUCCGACGGAAGCGUGUCACCCUCCGAUAACACGAGCCAGUCUUCCGUUGAGGAACAGGAGAGCAAAGACUUGCCGAUCUUCACCGUGUGCUCCGAAAAAGAUGGCACCAGCCCAGAUGGCCACCAGUCCCUGCUGACCUUCCUAGGUGACCCCGAAUUCCGUGAGGACCUACGCUCCCUGUACAACUCCUACCCAGAGUUCCUCAUGUCCCGCUUCCAGGGUCACGAGGACGAGGAAGAGCUGGUGGCCUACCUGGCUGUCGCCAGGGAAACGGCCAGGAAGAAGCGUCAGUCGUGGGCCCAGAGCAGGAUCUGCUUCUUGUUGGGCCAGAUGUGCGCAAGCAGGUCCAAGUUCUCCCAGGCUCGCGUCUACUACGAAGAGGCCUUGACUGUGCCCAGGGACGGCUUCGCCGACGCGCACAUGCUGGCGGCGCUCUACACCAACCUGGCUCUGGUCCACCUGACCCAGAAGAACGCAGAGAAGUAUUUCGCAGUGUCGGAGCGCCUGGCCGCGCUGCUGAUGGGCGUCCCCGACGCCAUCUCUGGCUCGGAGGAUCCGGAGGUCCUCAAGUUCCUUCUGAAGAAGGCCAUCUUGUCCCACAACAAGCCCGCCGAGGCCCGUGGGUGCUUUCUCCUCGCCAAGCUCCACUUGAAGCUCGGGGAGGCCAUGAGCGCCGUGCCCUUCCUGGAGAGGCUCCAGAUCAUCUCCCGCGAGCUCGAAGGCCUGUGCGAAGGCACCCGCAGCCACGGCUACCUGCUGCUGGGCAGGCUCUACGGUGACACCGGCUCGCCCCACCUGGCGGUCAGCUCGGCCCACCAGGCCACGGUGCAGAGCUCCACCACGCUGGCGGACUGCCUCUGUGGCAUCUCCCUGCUGCUGGAGAACGCCGCCCAGCUCUACGGCGUGGCCGUGCCAGCGCAGGUGGCCCCUUACCUCAACCGCGCCGCCGCGCUGGCCGAGGAGGAUAAGGACCUGCAGCUGGCUCACGUCCACGCGCUCUGCCUCUCCAGGCUGUUCUACGAGCACGGUUUGCCCGGACGCGCCGUUCGGUACAUGCGCGCGCUCCUCCUGGACACCCACCCAGGAGGGUCCAAGGACGGGGUGAUGAUCACCCAGGCCGAUGCCACGGACGCCCUGAUCUGGCUAGCCUGGCUCUACAUCAGCAGCGGGCAGCCACACGCGGCCCUGGAGGUGCUGGACGCCGUGCUGGCCUCUCUGCCCGAGCACUGCACCACGCAGCAGGAGGGCGUGGUGUACAACAUGCGCGCCAUCGCCCUGCGCCGCUGCGGUGACAUCCGCCGCGCCGCCGAGUGCUACCGGGCGGCCGCGGAGGUGUGCGAGGAGUUUGAGGACCGGCACAACUGGGCGGUGGCGCUGGCCAACCUGGGGCUGCUGUGCCUGGGGGCCAAAGCAGGGAGCCUGGCCGAGGAGCACCUGGAGCAGGCCGUGGAGCUCUUCUCGGAGCUGGAGGAGGAGGAGCUGGAGGGCCGGCAGCUGAGCUUCAUCACCGUGCUGCUGGAGCUGGGCCAGCACUACGUCCGCAAGGGCCACCACGAGAGGGGCAAGAUCUACUACGAGUGGGCCCUGCUGCUGGCCAUCCAGUCGGAGCAGACCGAGAGUCAGCUGAAAGCCACUCGUCACCUGUGCCACCUGUAUGCCCAGGUGUGCCCCAACGAGGCCCAGUGCAUCAUCUACAACGAGCACCAGCUAGCCCUUGUGCACUACCUGGGCGACCGCAGCGGAGAGGCGGACAUCCUGGAGAUCAUCAGCGACCUCUACCUGAGCCUCGGCACUGAAAAGGCCAACAAGUCUGCCCUGGAGCACACCAAGCAGAGCCUGGGCAUCUUCAUAGACCUGGGGCUGAAGAGGAAGGAGGCGCGAGCCUGGCUGCAGGCCGGCAAGAUCUACCACAUCCUCAGGCAGACAGAGCUGGUGGAGCUCUACGUGCAGGUGGCCCAGGACGUGGGACUGAGCACUGGGGACACAAAGUUCAUCUUGGAGCUGCUGGAGGCAGCAGGGGACAUCUUCUUCAACAGCGACCUGGAGAGAGACAAGGCCGUCUGCUUCUACAGGGACCGUGCGCUGCCCAUCGCGGUGAAGACAGGGAGCGUGCGCUGCCAGCUGAGACUGAGCAACAAGCUGUCGGAGCUGCUGCUGCAGAUGAGGAUGUAUGAGGAGGCUGUAGAACACACCCAGACAGCCCUGGACAUCAGCAUCUCCCUCGGAGAUACUCUGAACGAAAGGGUGGCCUUCCAUCGUCUGGCCACACUCUACCACUGUCUGGGCCAGUUUGAAAUGGCCGAGCACCACUACCUGAAGGCUCUGGCCCUCUGCCCCACGCCCCUGCAGUACGAUGAGGAGACCCUGUACUAUGUCCGAGUCUACCAGACUUUAGGAGACAUCAUAUUUUAUGACCUCAAGGACCCUUUCGAUGCGGCGGGCUACUACCACCUGGCCCUGGCUGCUGCUAUGGACCUGGGUAACAAGAGGGCCCAGCUGAGGCUGUGCACGCGGCUGGCCACCAUCUACCACAACUUCCUCAUGGACCGCGAGCUGUCACUCUACUUCUACCAGCGGGCGCGAGCCUUCGCCUCAGACCUCAACGUGCGGCGCAUCAACCUGGCGCCGGACCAGAGCUUCCACAGCACGGCUCAGUACCGAAUGGACCCGCAGCGCUCUGGCCUGUCGGUCAGCAGCACAGCGUGACUGCCCCGGUGGCCUAAUGGUUAGGGAGUUGGUCUUGGGGUUCAGAGGGCUGCAGGUUCGAAUCCCACUCUAACCAGGGAUAAUGACUUGAGAUCUCCUCAGCGAGACACCUAGCUCUACUUUGCUCCAGGGACUGUAACCAAUAGCCUGUACCAAAAUAACUCUUCAGCGGUGUUUAAUAAAAGCGUAAGUUAAGUGUAAUGUAAUGCAAUUAUGGCCAAGGGGACAGUGCACCCUGACACAAUUCAAGUGGCAAUGGAAAUUGUAUCUCUUUUAAAAUGGAUGUACACAUAUUUGCAAAAUAUCGGUUCCAUCACCUUCUGCAAUUUUAUUAAAUUUUACAUGAAAACAUAA